AUGGGUAUCCUAAACGGCAAUGCAAGUGUUUCUGAGUUCAUCCUGCUGGGAAUUUCCAGUUCUCAAGAAAUUCAAGUUUUAUUUUUUGUAAUCUUCUUUCUUGUCUAUGUAGCCAUCAUAGUGGGAAACCUCCUCAUUGUGAUAUCUGUGAUUUUUAAUAACCAUCUUCAUUCCCCCAUGUAUUUCCUUCUGGCCAAUUUAUCAUUUUUUGAUUUAUGCCUUUCUUCUGCGGCAACCCCCAAAGUGAUCUCAGACUUUCUUAGAAAACGCAAGACCAUCUCCUUGGGGGGCUGCAUGCUCCAGAUGUUUUUCAUGCACUUCUUCGGGGGUGGUGAGAUGUCUCUCCUGAUAGCUAUGGCUAUCGACAGGUAUAUUGCCAUAUGCAAACCUUUGCACUACAGGACCAUCAUGAGUCGCAGGAUGCUCGUUGCAUUUCUAGUGCUCUCAUGGGCCAUUGGGCUUAUACAUAGCACAAGUCAAAUGGUUUACACCAUAGGUUUACCUUUCUGUGGUCCAAACGUUGUGGACAGCAUUUUCUGUGACCUCCCUCUGAUCAUCAAGCUUGCCUGCACUGAGACCUAUAUCCUGGAGGUUUUGGUGAUUGCAGAGAGUGGGCUCCUGUCCCUGGUCUGCUUCAUUCUCUUGCUCAUAUCCUACAUCAUCAUGUUGGUCACCAUCUGGCAGCACUUCUCCAGUGCAUCUUCCAAGGCCGUGUCCACACUGUCUGCUCACAUCACUGUAGUAACUCUCUUCUUUGGCCCCGCUAUCUUCAUCUAUGCUUUUCCAUUCAACAGUUACUCUGUAGAUAAGUUUCUUUCUGUGUUUUACUCUAUAAUUACUCCCUUACUUAACCCAAUUAUUUACACUUUGAGGAAUCAGGAAAUGAAGAUGGCCAUUAAGAGACUGAGCAGCCAAAGUAUCGCCUCCUGGAUGGCCACUUAG